AUGAGUGCUCCACCUGCAUCCAUGUCGAUGCAUGGCUUUGAAAAACUCUUGCAAGACUUCGGCCGCGACAUCGAGCAAUCGAUCCCAAAAGAAUCCAUGGAGCGGGCAGUUGGCAAGAUGGCCGAAUUUCGGAAGGGAAAAUUGAGCUUGGUGCAAUCUCUCGAUCUUCCCAAGGGGGCCGAUACAGCUUUCAUGCCAUUCAUCCGACAGAUCCUCCUCACGGCCGACGACCUUCCUCCCAAACUCGACGGGCCGUGCCAGAACCACGCACACACUCCUCAGGCUGCUUUCGUCAGGACUGACGUUCGUUCCGCCUUAGCAAAACCAUUUACAGCUACGACGAGGGCCUAUAAAAGGUGUGCGCCCAGACCAAUGAUCGAUCCACGCUCGCUAAGGUCGAAUUCGAGAUCAACCGUUUCGACGAUCGUCCCAGUAAGCUCCAAGUCAGAGCCAUCGUUGGCAUUGAAAGCAGGCGAGUAG